UCUAAGGCGAGAUGUGCUUCUAAGAAUUAGUUGCUUUUCAUUGACGGGUUUAUACUUAAAACCUUUGAUGUUGGGUUUAUACUUCCUUGCUCAUUCUUACUGCGCUCGAGUUGGACGACUCGGUAAGUUUCCGAGGUUGGGGUUUAGGUCGUCUGCAGGAUUUAUUCAAUUUCCUUUACAACAAUCACACUCUCUCAACACUAUUACAGAGGAAGACAUGGGAAAGCAGAAACAGGAGUUACCCUCAGAUCCGAGUCAGUACACCAUCCUCAAGGAGGGACAGGCCGAUAUUCUUAUGCACGGGAAUGAUGUCUUCUACAACAAAACCCAGGUCGUGAACAGAGAUUUGUCAAUUGCAGUACUGCGGACAUUUGUGGCUAAAUCUAAGGAAGAGUAUGCUGAAAUGUGGGCUAAGAAACAGGGCAGGAAAAUGGGUGCAAGUGGCACCCAGGCUGCUCCUGUACUAGCAGCAUGUGAUUCUUCUGAACCCGGAGCAUCUACACCAGCUUUUGAUCAUGAAAUAAAUGAGGCAGCUACUGUUGUGAAUACAGCCCAUUUGGAAAAAGACAAUGGGGUAAAUAAUUUCUCAAAUGGAGGGGCUCAAUCAGAAGUCACAGAUCAAGUCUGUGAAGUUUCAGAUGAAAUAGCUAAACCAGUUAUAAAGAGAGUACGCGAGGAACCAAGGCCGCUUCGCAUUCUUGAGGCAUUGGCUGCUUCAGGAUUGCGGGCUUUGCGUUAUGCUCGUGAAGUAGAAGGUGUUGGCUCAGUUGUAGCCAUUGACAACGAUAAAGUGGCUGUGGAGGCCUGUAAGCGAAACAUCAAAUUAAAUGGUUCUGUUGCUUGUUCGAAGGUUGAAGCUGAACUUGCUGAUGCCAAAGUCUACAUGCUUACUCAUGAGAAAGAGUUUGAUGUGGUUGAUCUUGAUCCUUAUGGUUCACCUUCUGUUUUUCUGGACUCAGCAGUUCAGUCAGUUGUGGAUGGAGGGAUGUUAAUGUGCACAGCAACUGAUAUGGCAGUACUUUGUGGCAACAAUGGGGAGGUUUGCUAUUCUAAAUACGGUUCAUAUCCUACUCGUGCAGAGUAUUGCCAUGAGAUGUCUUUGAGAAUUCUUCUUGCUUGUAUUGAGAGCCAUGCUAAUCGGUACAAACGAUAUAUUGUUCCUGUUCUGUCUGUCAAAGUAGAUUUUUACAUUCGUGUUUUCGUACGUAUAUUCACUUCUGCAAGUGCAAUGAAAAAUACCCCUCUUAAAUUAUCGUAUGUAUAUCAGUGUGUUGGAUGCGAUUCUUUCCACACACAGCCUCUGGCUCGGACUGUGAACAAGAAUAACAGCUUGCGAUAUUUACCUGGUCAUGGCCCAGUUGUUCCUCAGGAGUGCAGUGAUUGUGGUAAGAAAUUUAAUAUGGGUGGGCCUAUAUGGUCUGCUCCAAUUCAUGAUCCUGACUGGGUUUCAUCCAUAUUAUCAAAUGUCAUCUCCCUGAAGUCAUGCUAUCCUGCAUAUGACAGGAUAUAUGCUAUCAUGACAUCUGUAUCUGAGGAAUUACUGGAUGUACCUCUUUACCUUUGUCUCCACAAUAUAUCUGGCACAUUGAAAUGUACUUCUCCAAAAGCAGUUAUGCUUCGAUCAGCAAUUAUCAAUGCAGGAUAUCGUGUUUCAGGAACUCAUGCAAACCCGUUGGGCUUCAAAACAGAUGCUCCAAUGGAUGUCAUCUGGGAUAUUAUGCGCUGCUGGGUACAAUUGCAUCCAGUGAAAAGCCAACCUUCUGAUCAGUCAGGAAGUGUUAUCCUUGCCAAAGAGCCUACUCUCAAGGCCAAUUUCACACGGGCACAAUUUGCUCUCAGCCAUGCUCAAUGUAAAAAAGUUCCUCGUUUUCUUCCCAAUCCUGAAAAUUACUGGGGACCAAAGCCUAGGGCUGGUCGUCGAAUUACAAACAAGCAUACUUCCCUGAUGGGACCAGAAUUCAUUAAUAAUUUAACUUGUCAAAGGGAAAGUGAGUUGCCUGAUGCAAAGCGCCCAAAGUUGGAGGAAGCUGACUGUAAACAAGAUUCUUGAAAUAGACAUAAAGUUAGAUAGAGCUGUGUGUACUGUUAAAUAAUUGUAUUACUUUGAGAAAGACUGCUAGGUAGUAGGCCUGACACUUUUUCUUUGCUAUUAUGGCAGUGGGAAUUGUUCCGGGUCUUAAAAGAGUUCGUUUCACUUGCUAUUAAAACAUGAUGUAUACUUGGGCCCAAUUUACUUUGAGCCAUUUUUGGACGUCAAUAUAAUUUAUUUCCUUCCUUUUUCUACA